GCCUCGGUCGCCCGAUGAGCGAGGCGGGCAUCUGCGUCGCCGCCGCCAGAGGCAGCAGCAGCAGCAGCAGCAGCAGCCGCCGCCGCCGCCGCCCGGUCCCCGCGCUCGGGUGGAAGUUUGCAUGAGGCUGCGCCGCGCCGCGCCGCCCCUGCGCCCCAUUUGGGAAGGAUUGUUGCCCCGUUGCCCUCCGAGACGUGCCUUUCCCGAGCCCCUAAAAUGAAGAGGGCGAGCGCUGAAGGAAGCAAACUGCUGAUUUUGGUGCUUUGCUUGAACUUCCCACCGGAAGCGGAGUCUUGCCCUGGGGCCUGCGUAUGUUACAGUGAACCCAAGAUCACCAUCAGCUGCCAACAGCAAGGACUUGGAGCCAUCCCCACGGAGAUCCCUGUACAGACUCAGCGCAUCUUCCUGCACAGCAACAAGAUAACUCUGAUCAGGUCCACCAGCUUCACCUCCUGCCGCAACAUGUCCAUCCUGUGGGUCCAUUCCAACAACAUCAGUCUCAUUGAACCGGGGGCAUUCUAUGGGCUUGACAAGCUGGAGGAACUGGACCUCAGUGACAACAUGAACCUGAGGUCCAUCAGCCCUUCCACCUUCCAAGGCCUUGUCCACCUCCAUACCUUGCACCUGGAUCGUUGCGGGCUACUGGAGCUCUCCACAGGGCUUUUCCGUGGGCUUUUCUCUUUGCAGUAUCUUUAUCUCCAGGAUAACAACCUGCAGAAUCUCCUGGAUGACAGCUUCUUGGAUCUUGCUAACCUUACCUAUCUGUUUUUGCAUGGUAACAAAAUUAAGAGUUUGUCGGAAAAUGUAUUUCGGGGGUUGAUUAACCUGGAUAGGCUGCUCUUGCAUCAGAACAGGGUUAGCGUGGUCCACCGCAGGGCUUUCCAUGACCUUGGGAAAGUGAUGACCUUGUAUCUUUUUAAUAAUAACCUGACGGUGCUCUCGGGUGAGACCAUGGCUCCCUUGGUGUCCCUCCAGUACCUUCGUCUGAAUGGCAACCAGUGGGUGUGUGACUGCCAGGCCCGGUCCCUCUGGGAUUGGUUUAAACAGUUCAAAGGAUCUUCCUCUGAGCUGGAGUGUCAGUUGCCUGCUCACCUGGCGGGGAGGGACCUCAAACGGCUGCAGAGCACCGACCUGGAAGGAUGUGUCGACUCUUUCAACCAGAUAAGAACGAGCGUGUUUAGCACUAAGACCAGAUCUGGAAAAUUGCCGACGGCUGACCCACCUCUAAAUCCCCAGGACAGCUCCAGGAAAUGUUGCCAGCCAGAAAUGGAUAAAUCUUUUAUUUACGAAGCCAAAGCCAAGGCGGGUCCCUCGUCCCACAGCAGCCGGGCCUCCCCUAACAAUCCACUCAAGGAUAAAGAGAACAUGGCCAAAACCAAGUACCAGGUUGAGUCAGACUCUUCCAAAAAUGGCAGCAACAAGCAGAUCAACGACUCCCCAUUCGGGACUUUCCCCAGUGCGGUGGACCCUCCGCUGACCAAUGUGAAACCCGAGUACCUAGGACCAAUCGAACCCUCCACCGUCCCAACCAAAAAGAGGCAGGGGUGUUCUAGAAAGAACAAGUCUAGGUCCCAAUGCCGUGUUGCCCAGCCAACACAAAGCUCUUCAUCACAGCUAAUCCCAAGCCUAUUGAUCCCUUCCUUGGUGUGGAGUCGGUUCUGGUUCUGUUAAAAACAAGUAUUUUCCUUGAGGAGUGAUACUUUAAUCCCAGACUUUUGCUUAAAAAAAUAAUAAUUUUCUAGAAAAAAUAAAGACACCUCCACAAAACAUUGCAAAUGAAAAGAAACGUAAAGCUAUGCCCAGAGAGAACUUUGUUACACUAAAUGAUAACUGGAUGCCUUUAUAAAAACAAAACACAAACAAACAAAAAGCUGUACAUAAUUUAUUUGUUUCUCCUGAAAUCUAUGUGUUGGAUUAUUAUUAUUUUUAGUCUUUGGAACUGCACUUCCCCACAAGAGCAGAUGGUUAAAAAAGCAAAGGAAAAAGAUUCACCAAUGAAAAAUUAAGCAAAACAGAAAAGUAAAA